AUGAGUACUUACUCGAACAACUUCCGGUCUGCGAAUCGAGACCCCAAACCUAUUUCGCGCCCGCUUCCCAGGCAUCAUCUCUUUUCGCCCCUGCAGAGUAGACAUAAUAGCGAUCCUGCCAAGUCUGGUCUCAACAUCUUGGAUCUCAUCGAAGUCUGGAGGGAGGAUGUUCUUCGCGCUUCUCAACGCCUGAACGAGCAGGUGCACUGGCUCAGUCCGCUCAAGCUGAGCGAACCCGUAUCUCAGCAGCAGCCGCACUCUCCCUUCGCUCAGUCAUGGACCGAGCCAGGUCUGGGCCGCGAUAAGAGUUGGCCAUGGAUGGACGAGACUCCUAUCUUCUCCUCCUCACCCGCGUUCGACGUUAGCAGCCAAAGCACAGCCCGAGCCCGACAGUCUCUUAAUGCCUUUGAUCCCAUCGAAUCGCAGGGCUGGCCGUCGUUUCCAAGCUGGGAUUUGAGUGCCGCCGCUGCUCGUGACGUCAGCCUGGUCAAUGAGGCGCACGCUGGCAUUUACAAGGGAAAACUCACACCGCAAAGCCUGCAUAGCUGUACAAUCGCGUCGGUAACGAGUCAGGGUCAGUACCACACUCAGACACACAUUCCUUACCGCGUGGGGCAGAGAUUCAGCUUCCCCACACGUUCUACGUCAGUCGUGCCUCACCAAGGUUCCACCUCCUUCGGCAGCGUGCGCACAACCUUUGACACAUUCACCUCGCCAGGUCCGAUGCUUCAGGUUCCCAUCGGAAGCGGUCUGGCUACCACACCUGUCCCAGUCAGCGACCUUCGAAAUCUUCCGCCUGCUUCUCUCGAUUACUCGAGCAACACGCCCUCAUGCACUACUCCUUCGGAAUGGCAGCACGGGCCGGCCGUUCAACCCUUGAAUUCGUUCUUCCCCAACAGCUCUAGUGUCGUUCCACCCACGACUGCACCUCGCGGCGUUGUGUACGACAAGAAGGGCGCUCCCGCGCAACCGGCUCCCUUCAAUCGCAAGUCAGAGCUCUACAAAACUGAAAUGUGUCGCAACUGGGAAGAAAAGGGCUAUUGCUUCUACAAAGAGUAA